UUCAGUCAGAAGAAAGCAAAACAACCUACAUCAAGUUUAUUUUUAAAACAUAAUGCAGAUGCAAACUGAUAAUUUGGUUGAAGACUAAUCAUCUCUCACGUGAAAAGUUACAAGCCACAGACAAAAGAUGGAGCCAAUGUUUUCUCUGCCUGAGAUCUUCCUACGUGACAGAGAAGAGCCUGCUUCUACUCAGUCAGGAUCCCUGAACUUUUCUAAUUUUUCCUCACAUUACCACCAACUGGUUCCUGCUCCCCAAGAGGAGCCAGACAUCCAGAGGCUGUCAGAACCCUCAUUUCAGACAAGCCGAGGUGGACAGUUUUGUCCGCCGGAACCUUAUCUCGUGACUGGUGAAUCAGUGUUGCUGAGCAGUCCUCCAGUUGUAGACAUGCUCCAGAGGAGAGCCAACCCCGACCACAGAGCAGACACUCUGUAUUGGACACAAAGCGACGCAAACCAGCAAUUUGUGCAUCAUCUGAUCCCAAGCCCCGUCCAACCCCAAGCUCAUGACUGCCCCUCUUCCUUCAGUGUCCUGCCUGGUGUUUGUCCCUCUCACCACAACCUCCAGACUUUAACCCCUGAUGCCAGGUUCCAACCUGGAUUUCCACCACUUUUACCGGAGGUCAUAGUCACCCCUGGUUGUAGUUCCUGUUUUUUGGUGCCUAUCAGCAGCCCGUCAGAGUGCUGCUGCAGCGCAUGUUCACCUCGUCAUUCUUGGCACCUCCUGCCUGAGGUUCAUCCCAGCUGGUGCUCGUGUCCACAGGCGGUGUCCGUCCAUCAGCUCUGCAGUCCAGACCGGGUCUCGAGGAGAACGGCUCAGCAGGUCAGCAUGUGGGCGAUAUCGGAGACAGAGCAGACUGAAGAGCAGAACAAGUCAGAAGGAGAAGAGCAGGAAAGUGAUCCACCAAAUUUUCAAAUGCAAGAAAAACAAGGAUAAGGAACAAAAGGCCCGGUUUUUCCGGAUCUUCCAUCUUUUGCAGGAAGAAACACUGGAGAAACGACUUGGAGAAAACUCCGGGGUGGAUCCCUCAGGUCCC